ACAGUGAUAAGUAUCGUGUAUAAUAAUGGUCCGUACAAAGGUAUCCCGAAACACUGCUUCGAAGCGUAACCGGACCAGCUACCAGGAAGAACGGCAUGCCCAUGUGAUGCGCGAGUUUGAGAUCAUUUCGGAAACAUUUAUUAUGUCACUCGAUGCUAAGCUGGACGCCGAUUUGAAAAGGGUGGACUAUCAGGCGAGCAUGAUCAAGAGCCGCAUACCGAAGGAGAUACUCAAAAUGACGAUGGGCGAUUUGCGAAAGGCUGGCUGCAAUCUGUUCGUCGAUGUGCUUAACAUGAGUCCGGCCGAUGUGGACAGUGUAGGAAACUGCAGUGAGCACUCUAUCGGGUCGGCGGACGCUCAAACAAGCUUUCACAGGUCGUACCGUACCGAUGAAGGCUACCUGACGGAGGAAAAUGCGAAACAAUCGCUCGAUGUGAUGGCUUCGGCUAAACCAUCCAAGCGUCCUAUGGGACCACUUGCAUCGGCAAUGAAAAGUAAUUACGCACGUCGGCGAAGCAAUUCCGUUUCGGGUCAUGCAAUUACUCCUUGCAAGCCGGCCCAAACGUCGAUGCUGUUUGGCAUAAAGGGAAAAAAGAAUGAACUACGUACACCGGCUAUAGGUAAGAACAUAUUCUUGGGACAGUCGGAACGCUUUUCCCGACCGAAGCUACGUACACCGUUAGCUGUGGUUAACAAGAAAAGCCGCUCGCAAGCGGUCAGUACCGAUCGGGGUAUGAGCCAGAUCACGCUAAAGGUAGAACCGAACACACCGCUCGCCUUCAUGCGCUACCCGAGGGCGGACGAAUGCGUUUACUCGCUUACCGGCAGUCCGGUGGUGAAUUCGGUGAUGACAAAAAACACGGCCAAUGUAAAUAUUCCGGUGCCGGACGGGAUACUCUCACUGCAGCCGACCGAUAUGGAGGAUGUGGAUAGGCAGUAUUUUCCGAAAAUUGAUAGCGCCACGUUGGAACAUUUGAAGAAGCUGCAGUCGAACUUGAACAAAAUCAUGCAGUACGCUGAAGAGUGCAAUUUCCGGAUUAACGAAGGCGAGACAGUAAAGAAAGACUGA